AUGUUCGUAAUCACAGAAAGAGUUUUCGUCUGUACAUUUUUGUAUGUAUGUGUACGUACGCGUACUUAUCCAUUGAAAGUCGGACAUCUCAGAAAACACUACUGCUCGUUCGCAGAAGGUUGGUGUGGCUGGGUCAAUGAUCAGAGCAAUUGGCAACAUCGCUGGUCUCUUCUAAACGAUUCAAGCAACAACAAUCCCACUAAGGAAGAGUCCUUCAGGGCUUGCUUUUUGGCUCAUCAACCAGAGCACCGCAAUGAUGCAACCAAUGGCUUCACCUGGUUCAACGAAGAGGUGAAGCCUGGGGAUGGGGCGACCAGAGGAUGGUCUAAUGCUAUUGGAGUUACCCAAACACAUGGUCCACUUAUCUCUCGUCUAUGGAGCCCGCUUAUCCCCUCAAAGAUCGGCUUCAAAUGCAUCCAUUUCUUCUAUCAGAUCCGGCUUGGCCUUAGGGAUCGGUCCGACCGCAACUCUGCUGGUGUUGUCUUCUGCUCACCCCCUAGGCCAGAUUUCGACAAACUAAGCUGUCGAUUUUCUUCGUUCGCCUCCAGACAAACCGAUUGCGCUUGGAUAGCUGAUCAAAAUGACUGGUCUGACGUUCACUGGAACCUCAUCCAGCUACCAUCCGUUGAUCGUUCACUAUUUCGGCCCGAAGAUAAUAAGGCACCAAUCAUGGCACUUUGUCUGCAGGCGCCAAAACAGGCUUUGGAAACUGGUGAAUCUAUUUCUGCAAGACUCUGGAGCCCAUCAAUCCAAUUGAGUGGACAGGAUCAAAGACGUCCGACUUGUCUUACUUUGAAUUAUCGUUUAUUUUUGGGCAGACAAUCAGUCAGUCCUAUGCCUACCCUUUCGAUUCUUAAGCGGCAGAAAGGGUUAGUUCAUAAGGAUGUGGUUGAUCAUUAUCGGAUCUUUCUUGCUCUUCUUCUAGAUACUUGCAGACUAGCCAAGCCCAGAUUUUUUCUUUAA